AUGAAUGGAAAGUACCCUGCAGAGAUGAAAGUAACUGUACACGAAGGUGGAACAUACCAAGUACAUUUUGUGUCGACCCACAUUGGUCACAAACAAGAUUUAACGCACCUGCCCCUGAAUCAAAAAGACCGGGAAACCAUAGAAACAGAUAUUGCAAUGGGACUUCCGUAUGACAAAGUUCUAGAUAACGUACGGACAAGUUUGCAGGAUUCAGACUUGCAGAGAAUCCAUUUGACUACCAAGCAAGACUUAUAUAACAUUGCAGCAAGCUAUAACCUCUCCUCCAAGUCGGUCAGACAUAAAAAUGGUGCAAUCAGUGUCGAAGCUUGGGUAAAAGAAAUGAACGAAAGUGAGAAUCCGUCUGUGUUAUUCUAUAAUUCACAAGACUUGACUAGUGAACAUCAAGAACUGAGGAGUGAGGAUUUUGUAAUAGUGAUAAUGAACAGAGCACAAUGCAGAAUGUUAUCAAAAUAUGGAGAAGACUGUAUCUGUAUUGAUGGAACCCAUGGGCUUAACGGGUAUGAAUUCAAAGUGACCACUCACUUAGUACUGGAUGAUCUCAGGCAAGGAUUCCCAUGUGCAUUUCUAAUUUCGAACAGGAAGGACGCCGAUGUUUUAAGUAUACUUUUGCAGUACGUAAAAACACAGGAAUCACUGCAAAAAGCACUGCAGAAGCUCAGUAGUGACCCUGAUACAUCAGAAUUUGCUUCAUACUUCAAGACACACUAUGAGGGAAAUGUGGAGUGUUGGGCCUACUGUCACAGAAUGUAUGCCGGUCUCAAUACCAACAUGCAUGUGGAGAGUAUGCAUAGGACGUUAAAGGAAAUACAUGGUAAUGCAAGACAGAUAAAACGACUGAACAAAGGCAUAUCUACACUAAUGUCCCUAGUUACAGCCAUGAUGUUUGACUGGCUUAUAGCAAAUGUAAAAGGGAAGGUUACAAGCACAGUUCAAGACAUUCGUAAUAAACACAAAACUAGUUUGUUAAUGGACAAGGACCUCAUCACUGAGGUAGAUGGAGGUUGGGAAGUGCCAUCCACAUCAUCUUCAGAGGUGUACAUUGUUAAAGAUAACAGAGUCAACUGUGAGUGCAAAUUAAAAUGUAGUGUUUGCAAUGUGUGCAUACAUAGGUAUUACUGUACAUGUAUGGAUUACAGUAUUAGAUUCAGUAUGUAUAAGCACAUUCACACUGUUUGCCGAGAUGACAGUGUCGGUGAAAAUCCCCUGCAAAGUCCAGAGGCACUAGGUACUGAUGUUGAUGCCACCAGUGAGAGAGCAGCAAUAUUAGCUGAAGUAAGCACAAAAUAUGUUUCAAAAACACCAAAAUCAUUGUUAGAAGGGAGACAGGAGCUUAUUUCAGUGUUUUCCAAUAUUGUCAGUGGAAUGACUGAGACUGAACUGCAGUUGGCCAAAAAAACUGUGUUAUCCUUAAAGGCAAAUGUAGGAGCUGUUCGAGCCCGAAACAGUUAUUUCAAACAAACAGAUAAGGGCCAGAAAAGAAAGCUAAUACCACAGCGGAGGCUGUUUUCUACCGAGAAGAAAACAGCACAGCUCGACAUGAAUCAUGAUGUUCCUGCGGAGCAUAGUCGUGCCGUGCCAGAUGUACAGCACAGCAAAACAGGUAAAACUUGA